AGAAAGAGUAAGUUGUUAUUGGUUGUUAUUUUACAACAAUCAAAGCAAAGUUGUUCAUGUUGAAAAUAAAGUUGAGGUUUCAUUAAGAGAGAUUUAUUUACUGUUCUAAAGUAGUUUAACGAUAUUCUGUUAAUUUAUAACCUGCACAAUGACUGCACCAAUGGAAAGAAUUUCGGCGUUGGAUACGAUUGAAAAAGAUAUAAUAACUUGUUUACACAGUGCAGGUCAAGUUUUUGUUGAGUUGAGCAAGGAGAAAUUGAGUCUGAAGCAGGCCGAAAACCAUACCCAAACUUUCCUGAAAACCCUGAGCGCAGUUGAAAACAAACUCACAGAGCAAAUAAAUUAUUUGACCCAAGUAUCAACUGGACAACCCCAUGAAGGAUCUGGAUAUGCCUCACAGAAGGUUCUACAAAUGGCUUGGCAUAGGUUGGAGCAUGCCAGAUCCCGUGUGAAUGAAUUGGAUAGAUUGAAAUUAAAGCAUGCUCAAGGAAGGACAGCUGGACGUAGCUCUAGUGGAGGGAAUGGAGCAAGCACAUCUACAGCAAUUGCACCAGCCACAUAAUGUUCAAAUAUAUAUGUCCAAUUUGUAAGUUUAUAAUAUAUGUAUUUUGUAAGUUUUAUAAUAUAGUCCAAGUU